GGGCAUCAUAGGCCCGGCAGGUGGCGACGCAACAGGGCGAUCGCUGUGAACAUUCCGUCUUGCUUCAUUUCCAACACGUCCCCGACCAAAAACUGACAGUGCCCAACACGAGGGCUGACGAAGUAGGUAGUGGUGACAUAAUGUGCAGCAUGAUCGAUGAUGUGAUGUGUGUGUGUGUGUGUGUGUGUGUGUGUGUGCGGCACGAUGUGUGUGAAGCAAGCUUAGGCGAGUGAGCGAUAUGCGUGAGGGUGAAUGGGUUGGCUGGUUGGGAAGCUUGCCAGCGCCGACAAAGCUGCAGCUCAGCAACAGCAUGCAUGGCUGAUGUGACUGGUCAUUGUCAUUCAUUUAUUCAUUCAUGCAUGCAUUGACCACCUCACACACACACACACCACCACACACACACACACGCACACACACACACACCUAUUUCUGCCUAACAACCACAACCACCACCCUCUCCACCCCUGGCUUCCGCUGACUGCUCCCUUUCCGCGACAGCAGCAACAAUGGCAUCUGUGCUGAGGAAGGCGCCCAAGUUGGUGACGCUGGAUGCGGCGGCAUCGUCGCUGAUCCAAUCCAACAACCGCAUUGUGACGGCGAUGGCCGUCUCUGAGCCGCACGGCUUUUUCUCCAAGCUGGAGACGUUUGUCAAGGACCGCGAGAACGUGCAGGUGUACUGCGCCAACCCGAACCGCGCCUACAACGCCUUUCGACAGGAGCAGCUCAAGGGCAAGCUGUCGCUGACCACCAUGUUCCUCACGCACGCCGUGCGCAACCUGCAGGGCCACGGCGUCGUGUACUAUGCGCCGCACAACCUGCGUGAGUGGGGCCCGCUCCUGUGCCGCAAGCCCAUUGACGUGUUCUGGGGCACGUGCACGCCGCCCACGGACCAAGGGUACGUCAGCCUGGGCCCCUCUGCCGUGUACGAGGUGGAGGCGCUGCUGCACGCCAAGCAGGUGGUGCUGGAGGUGAACCCGAACAUGCCCUUCUGCCACGGCGCGACGACGCUGCGCCUGAGCGACGUGGACUACCUGAUUGAGCCCGAGGAGAACUCGACGCUGGACCUGCUGACGGAGGAGCGGCGGCCCUCGGACGAGAUUGACAUGCAGAUUGCGCAGCACGUGGCCACGCUCAUCCCGGACGGCGCCACGCUGCAGUUUGGCAUUGGCGGGAUCCCCAAUGCGCUGGCGCACGCGCUGCUGAACCACAGGGAUCUGGGCGUGCACACGGAGAUGAUCAACGACGCCGUGGUUGACCUGGCCAAGGCCGGCGUGAUCACGGGCAACUGCAAGUCGCAGUGGCCGCGCAAGAUGGUGGGCGCGUUUGCGCUGGGCUCCAAGCAGCUGUACGAGUACAUUGACAACAACCCGGGCGUCAUCUUCAAGCCCGGCUCGCAGGUGAACGACCCCGUUGUGUUUGGCAACAACCACCGCAUGGUCUCUGUGAACACGUGCGUGGAGAUGGACCUGACGGGCCAGGUGUGCAGCGAGUCUGUUGGCCACCGCGAGCUGAGCGGCGUGGGCGGGGCCGCGGACACGCACAUUGGCGCACAGCGGUCGCCGGGUGGACGGGCCAUCAUCGCCCUGCGCAGCCAGAGCAAGCGCGGCAGCUCCAAGAUUGUCUCUGAGCUCAUGCCUGGGGCGAAGGUGAGCAUCACGCGCAACGACCUGGACACGGUGGUGACGGAGUAUGGCAUUGCGGAGCUCAAGGGCAUGAACACCGCCGACCGUUGCCGCGCCCUCAUCAGCAUCGCCCACCCGUCUGCUCGUGACGAGCUCACGGAGCAGGCCCGCAAGCACUGCUACAUCUGACCACGCAUAUGUUCGUGUGUGUGUGUGUGUUGUGUGCGUGUAUGUGUGAUGUGUGUGUCGAUGGGUGGAUGCGUGUGUGUGUGUGUGUGUGUGUGUGUUGUGUGCGUGGAUGCCUGCUGCGAUGGUAUCACACCACACCACAUCACAUCACAUCACACCACAUCACAUCACACAUCACAGUUCGAGCUACACCCUCCUCUUUCUCCUUCCUUUGAGCUGUGUGGUGUUUCAAAAGGUCAGCCGAGCUGCUUGCAGUCAUGUCGUGUGUUUGUUUCUUUCUUGUUUAUGACCGGUUGACACCAACGUGAAGUGAACUGAACUGAAGUGAAGCGAUUGACAACCACACGACAUUCAUUCAUUCAGCAGUCAAUCAAUGCAUGAAGCAAUCAAAUAAGCAAAAGCAG